GAGCAGGCGGGAGUCGCUGUGAGAACUUGCUGGUUCGGCUGUUUUUCUCCUCCCCGCUCUCAGUCUGGGAAGUCUUUCGCUCCGUGAGAUCACACCGGCUGCGGCUCUGCGAUGGGAGCAGCGAUCUGCUCAAUGGGGCUCUGAGCCCGCAAACCCCGCUCUCCGGACUCUCACCAUCCACGGGGGCAGAAUGUCCGCGUUAACCACGUAGACCCAACGCGGUCGCUUUCAACUCAGACAUGUCUCCGCUGUUUAGUUGGCUGUCUAAGGUGCCUGAGAUAAUUGGAUCCAUUAGACAAGCUGGAAAAUUAGCACGCCAAGAGGCUAUUCACUCUCACUUUUGUGACUCAGAUGACUCCUUUUCUAAAAAGUUUGAGGUCCUCUUCUGUGGCCGAGUGAUCGUGGCGCAUAAGAAUGCUCCGCCUGCCCUCAUAGAUGAGUGCAUUGAGAAGUUCAGCCAUGUUAGCUGUACCAGAAAACAAGAACACAAUCCUGAGGACUCUAGCUUUGGAACGUCGUUGGGUGGCAAACUAAAGUCUGUCUUCCAGUCAACAUUUAAUGAUGAAGACAAAAACAAACCCAUGCGCAAAUCUUAUUCGCAGCCUGGAUUGCGGACUAGUUCUUUUAAGAGGGAGUGGAAGGAUGGAAGAUGCAGUCUUCCUGGUUCCUUUGAAGAAAACGAGCUUUCUUUCGAUCUACAAAAUCAGAAUGAAGGGAAUCGGAAUUUUGUGCAACCAACAGAUACGGAGGAGAACCAAACUAUGCUGUUUACUAUUGGCCAGUCAGAGGUUUACCUAAUCAGCCCAGACACAAAGAAGAUUGUGAUUGAGAAGAGCUUUAAGGAAAUAUCAUUCUGUUCUCAGGGAAUCCAGCAUGUGGAUCACUUCGGGUUUAUCUGCAGGGAGCCGUUACACAAUGGAGGAUGUCACUUUGUUUGCUAUGUAUUUCAGUGCACACACGGGGCGUUGGUGGAUGAGAUAAUGCUGACUCUGAAGCAGGCUUUCAGCGUAGCUGCCACGCAGCAGAGCUCCAAGGCUCUCGCCCAGCUAUGUGACGAGUGUCCAAUGCAAUACAUGCACAAGCUGUGUGAGAGAAUAGAAGGACUUCCACCAUCAAAGGCAAAACUUGAAUUGCAAAAGCACCUCUCAACACUAAAUAACCAGGAGCAGGCGUCCGUGUUUGAAGAAAUACAGAAAAUUCGACCCAGGUCUGAGCAGUGUGAAAAUGAACUGAUCGUCUCCAGAUUAAGGUGUCUGUAUGAAGAGAAGCAGAAGGACCAUACUCAUAAUACUGACCAAAAGCAGGUUUCUCAAGUGACAGAAAACUCACUGAAUGAGCUGCAGACCAGCGCCCCUCGAUUCAGACUAGAUAUGUUGAAGAGUAAAGCCAAGAAAUCAUUAGCAGAAUCUUUAGAAAAUAUUUUGUCAAGGGGUGGCAAGAGUCGAAGCCAGCAGGACUCCUCUGGAAGCACCGAUGAGAGCUUGCAAUGCACUCCAUUGGAUUACAGCAGUAAGGAGCCUUCAUUAUGUGAUACGGAGCCGGAAGCCCCUCCUGAAACUCCUCUGAAGGCUCACGGAUCCAUGGGAGAUUUACCAAAGACCCCGGAGAGCUUUCCCUGUGAGCAUCCUGAAGAAUUAUCUCAUCACGGAUUUCGUCGCCGUGCGAACACUUUGAGUCAUUUUCCUUUCACAGCCCACGAAUUUCAAGAGCCCGUCCAGAAAUCCCCAUCUGUUCAUCAGAGAAAGCUUAUACGACAUCACUCGGUGAGCACGGAGACGCCACACAAAAGAAACUCCAGCAUACCUGUGAGUGAGCCCGAGAGCAAUUCUUCACAAUCUGAGGAGUAUGUUCCCACUCGACUUGUCGCUUCUGCUUCUUCCCCUUUAUUUUUUAAGAAAUUAAGGCAUAAUUCUGGCGGAGAGACGAGCGGCCCUGGUACACAAAAAAGCCUCUUCUAUCGUUCUUCUCUGCGCAAGAAACUCCACUCUUCUUCCUCCGUGCCAAACUUUCUAAAAUUUCUGGCUCCUGUAGCUGAAAACAGCACGUCUGACUUUAACAUCAACAAAAGUGACUUUGAAUGUGAAACCAACCACAGUGAAGUUGGAUAUGAAACUCCUGUAAAAACGCGGCGGCAUUCAUGGCGCCAACAGAUUUUCCUUCGCGUAGCAACUCCCCAGAAGGGAUGUGAUUCUCCCAACAGGUUUGAAGAGCGCACAGAAUUGGGAGAUAUUGCUCCCAGAUCCCCUCUGGAGCCUGUUUGUGAAGAUGGCCCGUUUGGCUCAGUAGCCGUAUUUAAACAUCGAUCACCGGAGGAACUUCGGGAACUUUGGAAGAAAGCUAUCUUACAGCAGAUUCUACUUCUCAGGAUGGAAAAGGAAAACCAGAAGUUACAAGCUUCAGAAAAUGAUUUGCAAAAUAAGCGUCUAAAGCUUGAUUAUGAAGAAAUCACGCCUUGUUUAAAGGAGGUGACUUUGGUUUGGGAGAAGAUGUUGAACGUGACUGGAAGAUCAAAAAUUAAAGUAGACAUGGAAAAAAUCCACGCAGCAGUCGGACAAGGAGUUCCGCGCCUCCACCGAGGGGAAAUAUGGAUAUUCUUAGCAGAGCAAUAUCAACUGAGGCAUCAGCUGCCAAGUAAAAACCUCUUGAAAGAUAAUCCGUACAAGGAGCUGCUCAAGCAGCUGACCACCCAGCAGCAUGCCAUACUCAUCGAUCUGGGGCGCACCUUUCCAACACACCCAUACUUUUCAGCCCAGCUGGGAGCAGGACAGCUGUCCCUGUACAACAUUCUGAAGGCCUAUUCACUGCUUGAUCCAGAAGUGGGUUACUGCCAGGGGCUCAGCUUUGUUGCGGGGAUUCUUUUGCUGCACAUGAGCGAAGAAGAUGCUUUUAAAAUGCUGAAGUUCCUCAUGUAUGACGUGGGCCUCAGGAAACAGUAUCGACCCGACAUGAUAACCCUUCAGAUCCAGAUGUACCAACUCUCGCGACUUCUUCACGACUAUCACCGAGACCUCUAUGAUCACUUGGAAGAGUAUGAGAUUGGACCCAGCCUUUACGCUGCUCCUUGGUUCCUCACCAUGUUCGCUUCUCAGUUUCCUCUUGGUUUUGUGGCCAGAGUCUUUGAUAUUCUUUAUCUUCAGGGAUCCGAAGUGAUAUUUAAGGUGGCGCUCAGCUUGCUUGGAAGCCAUAAGCCUUUAAUUUUGCAACAUGAGAAUCUUGAAUCUAUUGUAGAAUUCAUAAAAAACACCCUUCCAAAUCUUGGCCUAGUGCAGAUGGAGAAGACUAUAAACCAGGUGUUUGAAAUGGACAUCUCAAAGCAGCUACAGGCUUACGAAGUGGAAUACCAUGUGCUGCAGGAUGAAUUGAUCGAUUCGUCUCCACUUAGUGACAAUCAGAGAAUAAAUCGGUUGGAAAAAGCAAAUAAUACGCUGCGCAAACAAAACUUUGAUCUUUUAGAGGAGUUGCAGGUGUCCCAUGCCAGAGUCCAGAAUCUGGAAUCUACACUAGAAAAUUUACAGAGUAAUGAGGUCAAGUUAAAGCAGUCUCUUCGUACUUUGGAAUUGGAGCGAUCAGCCUUACUUCAUACAAUUGAAGAACUGAAACGCCAAAAUAAAAACAAUCAAGAGGACACUGUACAGAAAGAAAACAAUCCAUAAGUUUUUAUUCUAUAAAUCACACCGGUGGGUCACUCCACUCCACUCCUAGCCACGUUUCUGCACAGCACAUUCAGACAUUUGUGGAAGGAGGAUUGGAGAUGUUGGUAUCCAAUGCCGAAAGAGCUUGCUUCUCAGGAAGGAAUCUUUGAAUUCUAAUGAACAAUAUCUGACUUCAUGGUUUGUUUCAACUUAAAGCAGAGCACGUCCGUUCAUAGAUGUACUAUGGGCUGAUUCCAUAAUAUGUAUACAUUUAUAUAUAAUUUGGUUUUAUGAAAGCCUUA